UACUCUCCUUUGGAUUAAAACUACAAAUCCCGAUAUGUUCGAUUUACUCGCUUGUAAACGUCGCGAAUGUGUAAUUGCGCUCGUUUGACUGGCUGCUUCUAAAUUUGCUUCUUGAAAGGUGGGGGUGAGAUCCGUCAGUGUCGGUGAAGUGGUCGCCGCUGCCGGGAUAUGUGAACAUUAACGGGGGAAGUAGGAAAUUAACCGGCUGGUGAGCUGUGGAGACGCCUGCAGGAGGACAAGUGGGGUCACGACAUGGCGGAAGACGACGAUUAGAAGAGGAAAUUCAACAAAUAAGUGAUUACUAGUGGGAUAUAUUCUCCUAUCACACGGUGCAGACUUUUACAAAAUUAUUGCUGCAACAAUGGCGAUUUGCCAAAGGUCCGAGGGUGUUUACACUCGUCUAGCCGGCUACUGACUUGAUCUUUUACGCACAGGAGAAAGAGCCACACUUCACUCUUUGUUUCACGUUUUCAUGUGGAGGAACUUUCCAAUGCCUUUUUAAUGAUUCGAGACUUGAGCAAGAUGUACCCUCCGGCGCGGCAUCCGGUCGUGCACCAGCCUGGACAGCCGUUUAAGUUCACUGUGUCCGAGUCCUGCGACCGGAUCAAGGAGGAGUUCCAGUUUCUUCAGGCACAGUAUCACAGUCUGAAAAUGGAGUGUGAGAAACUAGCAAGUGAGAAAACGGAGAUGCAGCGACACUAUGUCAUGUACUACGAAAUGUCAUAUGGACUUAACAUUGAGAUGCACAAACAGGCGGAGAUUGUCAAGCGGCUGAAUGCAAUCUGUGCCCAAGUCAUCCCCUUCCUCUCUCAGGAGCAUCAGCAGCAGGUGGUGCAAGCAGUGGAGAGGGCCAAGCAGGUCACCAUGGCUGAACUCAACGCCAUCAUUGGACAGCAGCAACUCCAAGCUCAGCAUCUCUCGCACGGCCACGCCAUCCCUGUCCCACUCACGCCGCACCCAGCAGGCCUUCAGCCCCCACUGCCCCCGGGUGCCGGUACUGCCAGCCUGCUGGCGCUCUCCUCUGCCCUGGGUCAUCCGCUGCCCCUCAAAGACGAGAGGAAAAACCAGGACAGCGCCGAAGAACACCCAAGAGAAAGAGACUCAACGAAGAGCUCAUCUGUGUCUCCGCCUGCCACUUUUCGGACUGGAGAGAAGCACAGAGGUUCGGGUGAUUACACCGCCGACAGCAAGAAGCAGAAGACAGAGGAUAAAGAGCUAAGCUCGACACGUUACGAGAGUGAUGGCGAGAAGAGUGAUGACAACUUGGUAGUGGAUGUCUCCAAUGAGGAUCCAGUGUCUCCCAGAGGAAGUCCCGCCCAUUCUCCCCGCGAGAAUGGUUUGGACAAAAGUCGCCUGCUGAAAAAGGAUGCACCCCUGAGUCCUUCUUCUGUCGCUUCCUCCAGCAGCACACCUUCAUCCAAGUCCAAAGAGAUUAAUUUGAAGAAUGAAAAAUCCACAACACCCGUGUCCAAGUCCAGCACACCCACCUCCCGCUCUGAUGCACCCACGCCUAGCAGCACCACCACUCCGGGCCUGAGGGCCACACCCAGUAAGCCAUUAGUAGUGGAGACACUAGCCCCGGGUCUCCGCACACCCCUGGCGGUGCCGUGUUCGUACCCCGGUCCAUUCGGAAUGGUCUCUCACCUGGGCAUGAAUGGCGAGCUAAGUGGAGCGGGAGCCGCCUACACUGGCCUGCACAACAUGAGCACUGUGGCUGCAGCAGCUGUGGCCGCUUACGGGCGCACACAAGUAGUUGGAUUUGAUCCGCACCAUCACAUACGUGUCCCUGGUCUUCCUCCUAACCUGUCGGGCAUUCCGGGCGGAAAACCAGCCUACUCCUUUCAUGUGAGUACUGAUGGACAAAUGCAGCCGGUACCUUUUCCUCCCGACGCUCUGAUCGGCCCUGCUAUCCCACGGCACGCGCGGCAGAUCAAUACACUUAAUCAUGGGGAGGUGGUGUGUGCUGUCACCAUCAGCAACCCAACACGUCAUGUUUACACUGGCGGCAAGGGCUGCGUCAAGGUGUGGGAUAUCAGUCAUCCUGGAAACAAGACCUCCGUGUCACAACUCGACUGCCUUAACAGAGACAACUACAUCCGCUCAUGUCGACUGCUCCCUGAUGGACGGACACUCAUUGUCGGAGGCGAGGCGAGUACUUUGUCAAUAUGGGACUUGGCGACACCGACUCCACGGAUCAAAGCAGAAUUGACCUCAUCGGCCCCUGCGUGUUACGCUCUGGCCAUUAGCCCCGACUCCAAGGUGUGCUUUUCCUGCUGUUCUGAUGGAAACAUAGCCGUGUGGGAUCUUCACAACCAGACUCUGGUUAGGCAGUUCCAGGGCCACACGGAUGGAGCCAGCUGCAUAGACAUCUCCAAUGAUGGCACCAAACUUUGGACGGGAGGUCUGGACAACACCGUGCGCUCCUGGGAUCUUCGAGAGGGCCGGCAACUGCAGCAGCAUGACUUCACCUCACAGAUCUUCUCACUGGGCUACUGUCCAACUGGCGAGUGGCUGGCGGUGGGGAUGGAGAACAGCAAUGUGGAGGUCCUACACGUCUCCAAACCUGACAAGUACCAGCUUCACCUUCAUGAAAGCUGCGUGCUGUCUCUCAGAUUUGCUCACUGUGGAAAGUGGUUCGUCAGCACAGGAAAAGACAAUCUGCUUAACGCAUGGAGAACCCCGUACGGGGCCAGCAUAUUCCAGUCCAAGGAGUCUUCUUCAGUGCUGAGCUGCGACAUCUCCGUAGAUGACAAGUACAUUGUGACGGGCUCUGGAGACAAGAAAGCUACUGUCUAUGAGGUCAUAUACUAAGAGAGAGGCGGAGUGAUUCUUCCAAUCCUCGCCUCCACGGCACUGUUCAACGUGGCCAACCCUGUGUACAUUAUGUAUGUUUGGACUUUUUCUUGAACUUUUUUUUUUUUUUCUUAAGCUGCUCCUAACAAAGCACACAUUUUUUUAAUGCGUGAAUGUCUAAAUACACUGAGCAUAUGCUGAUAACUUAUUUU